AUGUCCUCAGAUAAUCUAAAGUUUCCCAAAAUGGUCAAAUAUUCAACGAAGCUUAAUAAAAAAGGAAACCUAGCUCACACUCAUAGAAGAAAUAAAACUAUUGAAGAACCUAAUUUAGCUUCCCAUUAUUUACAAAGAAGAAUGGAUGCUCUUAAAAGGAACAACAACGACUUGAAUUCUUUGAUUAAAGACUUGUCUGACCCAGCAAGGGCUGGGAACAGUUAUCGCUUGCAUAAUACUCUCCAGAAGGAUAAGGUUGAUUUUGGCUCCAAAGAGAGAGAAAAUAGCCUUCAACAAAUUAAUCCUGAUCACACUCCUCGCUAUAAAUCACACCUGGAUAAGUCACAGAAGGUCAAAAAGUUAGAUAAAAAGACGAAGAAAAAAAUUCAAAGGAAUAGGAAAAAUUUGAACCAACAUUUUAAUGUACAAAAAGUAAAACCAAGAGAUUUGAAUAAUUCUUAUCAACCUUUAGAGCAGAAUCGUUCUGCUCGAGUCUCUCCAGCCCCAAGGAAGGAACUUACUCCCAUUAAUUGCGAUUAUAAUUAUGACACUGCAGAACCAGGUGAAAAUUUCAAGGAUGUUAAGAAAGUCUUUGGUCAUAAGCAUUCAGAAAUUUUUGAUACUUCAAAAGAGAUUGAAGCUACACCAGAACUGAAGAAACAUAAAAAUUUAAGUAUUGAUAAAAAGAAAUAAGACCCAAAACUAUUCACUGUCAAUUACCAAAAGAAGGAAACUUGAGGGAUCAAUAGGUUCCUCAGAAGCAAAUUCACAGUCGAAAUUACCUCAGAUCCAUAAGAGUUUAGCCAGAAAUCAGUUUGAGAACCAAAUUCCAAGUUUGUUAAAUAAGAAUCUUUCAAAAAACGAUCUUAAUACAGGAACAAGGGAAACCAGAAAUCUUCCUUUAGAGUCUGAAAGCUCAAGAAUAAAUUUGAAGACUUAUAAUACUGGAGAGGGGCAGAUCCAGCCAACUCUUACCCAGACAGCUUCUUCUGAUAAUUUUAGUAACGACAAAAUCUCAGCCAUCCAAGAGAGCACCAGAGCUUUACGCCGGAAGAUCAGAAACUUGGACUUUGAGCUUGACAGCAAACAGAUAGAACUUGAAAAGGACUUUCAAAGUUUAAAGAACCAGAAGGUUGAAAAAGAUGGGGACUUUGUUGACCUUAAAUUCUCUAUAUUCAAGAAAAUACUAAAUUUCUACAACAAAUGUCUUAAAGAAAUAAAUGAGAAGCUUUCCCCUCAGUGCCAGGUGAGAUACAACUUCAUAAAGCGCUUAGAAGAAGCGUAUUUUGAACUUUUUACGAAACUAAAGAAUUUCCAUGUCAACGAGAUGACAAAAUACACGGCUCGGAUAACUCUCCUUUCUCAAAAGAACAAGUUAUAUGAGAAGCUCCUUCAGACCUACAAGGACAAAGAAGGGUUUGUCCACACUGACAUCAUCGGCAUGAAGAAUAAACUAGAUUCAGUCGAAAAGGAAAUGGGAAUUUCUGAUAUUUUUAAGAACAGUAGUGAUCAAGAUAGUAACCUGCUGAAGAUUUUAACUAAGAAAAAGAAUGAAAUUAAUCAGGAGAUAUCAAGAGAAGAGACAGUUAAUGGACUUCAAGAGAUCUUUUCAGCCAUGGUGUCGAUGAAAGGGAGUGGGGAGUUGCUAAAUACUUUGACAAGUAAAGAUUUUGACUUUGAUGUUGAGAAUUGGGAAGAUAGUAUGCUCGAAGCGCUCAAGAAUGCACAGUUUGGAGCAGCAAAAUCUGUAGUAGGAGUCAUUAAAAAUAGGGACAAAUUUAGUGAAAUUGAAGUCCAGACUGAAGAAGAUCCACUUAAGGAUGAGUUUACAGCACUUACACAGAAGUUUACUCUUCUUCAGGAGGAUUUCAAGAUCCAAAAAGAGGCCUUAGAGUAUGCUAACAAAAACUCAUCUCAAAGAAGGACUAUUCUUGAGGAAGCCAAGAAGGAAUGGAAAGCAAAAGAGCUUGAAUACAAACAAUUUGAAACUCAGAGGAAAGAACUAGAAACUCGUAUACAAAAAUCCAAGGAAUAUGAAUUAGAAUUCUAUCGAAAAAUUGCGAAACUUACUGGUGAAGUUGACCAGAAAGACAAGCAGAUAUUUGAAGCUGAGGUGAGAUUCAACAGAAAAAUUAAGCAUAUGGAAUCAGACGAAUACGUUAUCAAGCGACUAGAAAGAUGAAUCCGAGAUACAAGAGAUGGCAAAAGCAAAAUAAACAAGAACAACCCUCUUUAUGAAGCUUUUAUGAAGAUGAACCUUGGCAAUGCAGCUAGAGAAGGAGCUGGGCAGUUCCUUGGUGACCCGGAUGGGGAAAGUGACGAUGACGAAGGGAGAUAUAGCAGAGAUGGGCUUGUAAGCAGAUCGAAGCUGAAAAAGAUGAAACAGAAGGGAAGGAAUAGCUCAAAUUUUGAAAUUGGAAAGCAUAAAGAUAGAAGCUCUAAGAGUUCAUCUGUUAAUGAAUCGAAGGAAGGUAAUAGAAACAGAGGGAGAGAUGCAGAGUAUGAUGACUUUUCAAGUGAUCGGAAGUCUAAAUUUAGCAAAAAUAAGAACAAAUUUGAUAAUUCGAGUGAUAGCGAGUAUAACAAGAAAACAAGGACUAAUCGGAAAGGUGAAAAAAUUAGAAGACGUGAAAAUGGUAGGAGAAGUGGGGAAGAUGAAAUAAAAGAGAUAAAUGAUAAGAAAAGUAAAACGGGUGAAAGCAAAAGAAGUAGCAAGAGGAAGUCUAAAUUCUUACAAGACAGGCAAAGAGUGUCUCAAGAAAUUGAUGUAAACAACUUUGAAACACUUGAUUCCACUAGUGAUCCAGAAUCCCUUCGGACUUACUCAGUCUUUGAGUCUGUCACUGAAGAAUACGAGACUGAAGACAGUCAGGGAAACAUUGUGGUUAAAAAGAGAAAGACUAAGGUGAAAUAAGUACUACAAAACAGUUGAUGGAAAACUAGUUCAAAAAGUCAAAGGGAAAAGACGAAUCAAAAAGCGCAGGAAGGAUAGCCAGGGCAACUCAGUCGAGUACUCCUCUGAUGAGAGUUACACUAUUGAGAAUUGUAGCGUUGAUGAAGAGAAAGUAGAGAUGAUCAAUAAGAAAGUUAGAGAGAAGGUAAAAGAAGAAAAUAAGAGGAAGAAGGAACAAGCCAUGAUAUCAGCGAGGAUCAAGAGAAGACCUAAUGGAGAUUUUGAAUAUUUCUCAGGUGAUGAGGGUGGAUUUGAGCAGUACCAAGAGGAGAUGGUCAAGAAAUUUGGAGCAAACGGGAAUGAAAAAGGGUCUUUUCAGAUCAGACUUGACAGGAAAAUUCAUUCUUCUUCACAAGGAACUAAAUAUUUCUAUGAUCCUAAGACAGGGAGAAAAGUGAGAAUUGAUGAUUCUUAUUGGGCUCCAGAAGAGAGAGAAAAAUCUGAGUUCCAAUUUGCAGAUAAUCCUAUCCCUCAUACUGGAGAUUGUGGGCCGAACUGUUCUCAUAUGCUAAAGGCAAGUAUGUUCCGGAAGCACAAUAAUAGGAAAGUGCUUCACAUGAAGACAAGCAAUAUUAAUGGGUUCGGAGGAUAA